CAAAAAUUCGAAAAUAUGUUUUGUCUUCAUGUGAUGGCGAUAGCGCUGUUCGUCUUGAUCGACGCAAAACUCCAGAGGAUUUUAUUGCACAAGACAGAUUCUGUUCGACAAGCUUUAAAGAAAGUUGGCACUGACUUACAACGGGUUGAAUUGGUAACAAAAAAUUUUACUUCUGCAUUAGAACCAUUGUCCAAUUAUUUGGAUGCUCAGUAUUAUGGUGAAAUCAGUAUCGGAACUCCGCCGCAAAAAUUUAAAGUAAUAUUUGAUACUGGUUCCUCAAAUCUUUGGGUACCAUCCAAAAAAUGCAGCUUUACUAAUAUUCCUUGCUUAUUACAUAAUAAAUAUGAUAGCGCAAAAUCUAGCACAUACAAAUUAAAUGGUACUGAAUUCGCUAUUCAAUAUGGCACUGGCAGCCUAACUGGAGUCUUAGCUACUGAUAUAGUAAAUGUUGCAGGUCUCAAUGUUCGAAACCAAACAUUCGCGGAAGCGAUUAACGAGCCAGGCAUGACAUUUGUUGCUGCAAAAUUUGACGGUAUCUUAGGCAUGGGUUAUUCCUCGAUAUCCGUGGAUGGAGUGAUGCCUGUCUUCUAUAACAUGAUCAAACAAGGUCUAGUGUCACCAGCCAUUUUCAGUUUUUAUCUGAAUCGAGAUCCUUUGGCCGAGAUGGGUGGUGAAUUGAUAUUAGGUGGUUCCGAUCCUAAUUAUUACAUAGGCAGCUUUACAUACGUUCCUGUUACUCGCAAAGCAUACUGGCAAUUUAAAAUGGAACAGGUCAAAAUUAAAAGUAAAGACAAAAAAGAUAAAAUUUUGUGCGUGGGUGGCUGUCAAGCUAUUGCUGAUACAGGUACUUCGUUAAUAAUUGGACCAAUAGUAGACAUUACAAUUAUUAACAGAUAUAUUGGAGCUAUUGAUGGAGUAGUGGACUGUAACCAGAUUUCUAAGCUGCCUACGAUCAGUUUUAUUCUAGGUGGUAAAGCGUUUGAUCUUACCGGUAAAGAUUAUAUCCUUCAGGACGGCAUUAUGUCAUGUUCGAGUGGCUUCCAAGGAUCUGAUAUGACAUUAAAUGGUUUGCAAUGGAUUCUAGGCGAUGUAUUUAUUGGUUCUUAUUACACCGAGUUUGAUGUGGACAACAAUCGAGUGGGAUUUGCUGUGAUGGAUUCUAUACGAAAAGCUAUGAAGAGAGAUGGUAUCGACGUGCAAGUUUUGGCUGAUUCUUUUGCUGCAUCGGAACCCUUAUACAAUUAUCUAGAUGUAACAUAUUCUGGUCCCAUCAGUAUCGGAACUCCACCGCAAAACUUUACAGUAAUAUUUGAUACUGGUUCCUCAAAUCUUUGGGUACCAUCCAUCAAAAUGCUCAUCAAGCAAUACUGCUUGCAAUAUCUUUUGGGGACUAUCUGGAAAUAUGGUAAACUACAUCAUAAAUACAAUAGUGCUGCAUCCUCGACAUAUAAACCAGAUGGUACUCCGUUUGCUAUUCAGUAUGGCACUGGCAGUAUGACUGGAUUCUUAUCUACUGAUGUAUUAGAAGUGAGUCAUCGUUGCCGGCCUCCAAAGUUCAAAGACCAAACAUUCGCAGAAGCGGUUGAAGAGCCGGGCAUAACGUUCGUUUAUGCGCAGUUUGACGGUAUCUUGGGUAUGGGAUAUGACACGAUGUCCCGUGGAAUUUCGCCUCCUUUUUAUAAUAUGGUCCAACAAGGCCUAGUAGAAAAACCUAUUUUCAGCUUCUAUUUGAAUCGGAAGGACUCUUCGGAAGGUGAAUUAGUAUUGGGUGGUAUUGAUUCCGAUCAUUAUGUUGGUGAGCUCAACUACGUUCCUAUUACUCGCAAAGGAUAUUGGCAAUUUACUAUGGAUAGUAUGUCAAUAGGCAAUGCAGUCGUAACGGGUCGCUGCCAAGCUAUUGCUGACACAGGUACCUCAUUAAUAGUUGGACCAUCAGAUGCUAUCGAUGUUAUUAAUCAAUACAUCGGAGCUGAUAAUGAUGGAAACGUGGAUUGUAGUCUGCUUGAUCAGUUGCCUUCAGUUAAUAUUGUUCUGAAUAGUAUAACGUAUAGUCUAACUCCUCACGAUUAUGUUCUUGUAGAGGAAGACAACGGCUAUCUAACAUGUAUGAGCGGCUUCUCAGGUUCUAACUCAGACCUAUGGAUUCUGGGCGAUGUAUUUCUUCGUCCUUACUACAGCGUAUAUGAUCUGGGAAAUAAUCAAGUCGGAUUUGCUCGGUCAAAAUAAACGUCGAUUGUCCUUGUUUUGAAGUUAUACCUUAAACAUUAGAUAUAACUGAUAAUCUCGCAAAUAAUAAAAAAUUAUUUUUUUAACGUUUGAUGCUCUUAUUGUUUUGUAAUUUUUAAUUACAUAUUAUUUACAUGGAGCAUUGAAAACGGAUAUUUUUAUGAUAUGUUCAGAAAUUAAAACAAAAAUAUGUGCGGAAUCUUUUAUCAAUAUAAUUUGUAUCCAUUAUAUAUUGUCCAAAUAAAUAAAUCUGUUGAAAAUUAAAAUAA